AUGACUGCCGCGUCUGAUGCUACCUCUUCCUCUGCCUCCAUGCAGCUGCCUCCUUCGCCGACUGGUUCUGGACUUUGCCGACUACAUGGUGACCACUGGCACUGUCACGCUUCUUCUACCGCUGCCGUCGAUACCGUGACAGCGUCUGGUGCCGGGUCGUGCCAGCCGCACGAUGAUCACUGGCAUUGUCCCUCCGGCGUGUCCCAGCCCGCUACGCCUCCCGCGCAGACUCAGCCCGGGGCCUCGCCAACUACAGGCGACGACGAGCACGACCAUCACGGCCCGGGAAAGGAGUGUACUCCCGAAGGCGACCACUGGCACUGCCCGACUGGCCUCUCCGCACCGACUGACCCUCCUACACCGGUUGCCUCCACCACAGCCGCCAGGCCAUCCAUCUCGGGGAUCACUGCUGCAGCUAGCGCCACAGCUUCCAAGGCCCAGGGCAAUAGCCGGCCCAGCUUCUUUGGAUACGCCGGCGCGGCGGUUGCGGCGUCUGUGGGGGCUUUUCUGCUGGGAACAGUGACGACUUGA